GGAAGGAGGGCUGAUGACACCGAGCUGGCACAGUGAGAGAGACGCGCAUUGUACUUUGUGCUGGAGAAAAAGAAGGCGCGCUGCUCCUCUCCAUCACAUUUCCCUUUCCACACACUGACGGGAAAAUAACGAAGCCAGGAUGUAAAAACUAAAUAAAUAAGUUCGUUAGAAGACGCACACAAAUCCCACUACAAACCUUUUUUUUUUUUCCAGAGUCUCGUGGUCCCACAGACUGGUUAAUUCUGCUCCAUCAGCCGCGUUUUGGCGCUCUGCUCGGAGCCGGAGUCUGCCGAGUGCCGACCGACGAGGAGAGGUGCAGCUCGACUGCUUCAUCCCGCUGAACGGACCCGAGCUCUUCUUCUCUCACUUGUUAACAGGGAACUCGGUCUUUAAUGAAAGUCUGAUUCUGGUUUUUGUCCCCCCCCCCCGCCCCCACCUCCACUUUAAUCGAUGUCAGUUCGACUCUGAAAGUGAGGAAUACUACGUUGAAGACUGUGCUUCACGAUGGCGACAGCAGCGUGGCUCCCUUUUGCCAGGGCAGCAGCCAUUGGCUGGAUGCCUGUUGCCAACUGCCCCAUGCCUGUUUCACCGAUGGACAACAGUAAGAGACAGGACGAGCUGAUUAUUCUCAACGUAAGCGGCCGUCGCUUUCAGACCUGGAGAACCACUCUGGACCGCUACCCUGACACCCUGCUGGGCAGCUCUGAAAAAGACUUCUUUUACAAUGAGGACAUCAAGGAGUACUUCUUUGACCGAGACCCUGAUGCCUUCAGGAGCAUCCUCAACUUCUACCGGACAGGGAAGCUCCACUACCCCCGCCAACAGUGCAUCUCAGCCUACGAUGAGGAGUUGAUCUUUUUUGGCAUCAUCCCUGAGAUCAUCGGCGACUGCUGCUACGAAGAGUACAAGGACAGAAAGAGGGAGAAUCUAGAGCGGCUGCAAGAUGAUCAGGAGGAGAACAAGGACAUGAAGCUGCCCCACAUGAACUUCAGGGAGACCAUGUGGCGGGCCUUUGAGAACCCCCACACCUCCACCAUGGCCCUGGUCUUCUACUACGUCACUGGUUUCUUCAUCGCCAUCUCGGUAAUCACAAAUGUUGUGGAGACGGUGCCCUGUGGUCCCACAGCCAACCAGAAAGACAUGCCAUGUGGUGAACGCUACACGGUGGCAUUCUUUUGCAUGGACACCGCCUGCGUCAUGAUAUUUACUGUGGAGUAUCUUAUGCGCCUGUUUGCCGCGCCUAGCCGCUACCUCUUCAUGCGCUCUGUGAUGAGCAUCAUUGAUGUGGUGGCCAUCUUGCCGUACUACAUCGGCCUGGUGAUGUCCAACAACGAGGACGUGAGCGGCGCCUUUGUGACGCUGCGCGUGUUUCGAGUGUUUCGGAUCUUCAAGUUCUCCCGUCAUUCGCAGGGCCUGCGGAUCCUGGGUUAUACACUGAAGAGUUGUGCAUCAGAGCUGGGCUUCCUCCUCUUCUCACUCACCAUGGCCAUCAUCAUCUUCGCCACGGUCAUGUUCUACGCAGAGAAGGGCUCCAGCUCCAGCAAGUUCACCAGCAUCCCAGCUUCCUUCUGGUACACUAUUGUCACCAUGACAACGUUGGGGUAUGGAGACAUGGUGCCGAAGACAAUCGCCGGGAAGAUCUUCGGCUCCAUCUGCUCCCUGAGCGGCGUGCUGGUGAUCGCUCUGCCCGUCCCUGUUAUCGUCUCCAACUUCAGUCGCAUCUACCACCAGAACCAAAGAGCAGAUAAACGCCGUGCUCAGAAGAAAGCCAGACUGGCUAGGAUAAGGAUAUCCAAGUCUGGCAGCACCAACACCUUCCUCCACAACAAACGCAACGGACUGCUCAAUGAACUGCUGGAGCUGACGGAUACAGAAGAGGAUGAGCAGAAGCGGACUAAGUACACCUCUCUGUUACAGAGCCAACAUCACCACCUACUGCACUGUCUGGAGAAAACCACUGCUCAUGAGUUUGUGGAUGAGCAGAUGUUCGAGCAGAACUGCUUGGAGACAGUGCUACAGACCUACCCGUCACCCAGCCCCUCCAUAUCCAGCCACGACAGUUCUGCGGGUACCUGCUGUGGCCGCAGGGUAAAGAAAAACAGUCCUCUGCCCAACGCCAGCAUGCCCUCCACCUACUCCGUCCCGUCAAACCAGUGCCCCCUGCAGGAGCUUAGUGCCAUGCACAUACAGUGUUGUGACCCAUCGUCACGCACUGCCAGUCGUUCGAACCUCAACCUGAAAACCAAUGAAAGCAGCAGGAUCAACUGCAAAAGCGGCCGGAUCACCACAGCGAUCAUCAGCCUCCCAUCCCCCCCCGCUUUGACCCCUGAUGGCGAUGGCCUCCGCGGGCCCCUACAGAGGAGGCCACCCCAACCCCAACCCCAACAACAACCCCCGGGUCACCCUGCAGCUCUAAGCAUCCAGACCACAUCAAGCUCAGCUGGCACCAACAUCGUCAAAGUCUCUGCACUGUGACUCUCUGGCUACCGGAGUAAGGAGUAGAGAAACUAGGAAGAAGAAGAAGAGGACGCACCAUGUCUCGUCUCACGGGGGUCAACAGGAAGAGCGCUGUUCUCCAGAGAUGAUGUGGAAGGUAGACGAUUGUAGAUAUGUGAACCGAGAAUCACGCACUCGUCAUGUCGUGUAUGUACUAUAGAUACGGACAGAGCCACUGCAUUUCUAAUAGUUUCUAACAGCAGUACAGAUGUUUUACAGCAAGUACCAUGGAAAAGAUUGAAAGACGUUGUGCAAUUACCAGAUCCAUACUUCAGCAGAUGCUGUUCAACAAACCAGAAAUUCACAGUAAAUUUAAAGUGAAUUUGCAGUGAAAUAGUGUAAAAGGAUAUUUUGUUCACGUUUGAAGAAGGGUGAAGAAAAGUGUUAAUCGUUUUACUUGAAUUUGAUGGGUCUCGUUUGUGUUAUGUGUUGUUUGUCUUAAGUAUUUUGAAGUUAAAAAAAAUUCUCUUACAGCAUCAUUUGAAAAGUUACAGUACUCACGAUGCUGCUAAUAUUGCUUUUGUUUUUGUUAAAGACUGUAUCUAUUCAUCCUAUCAAAGACUCAAACCAAACUGUGCUUUUUUAUUUGCUUCCUGUUAAAAUUUCUGACUGGAGUUGGACUACAGGGAGUGAGUCUGACUGACAGUGUCCUCGUGAAAUAGGUUUUAAUACUGAGGUGAGACAAAGUGGUAGUUUUCAACCUGAUAAAACCCUUUACUUGUAAGUCAUUUUGUGGUCAGCUGGAGGGUUAUUAUUUGUUUUGAUUAAAUAAGAAGGCCAACUUUAUUUUCUAGUUUUUCCUAUUUUCAACAAAUCACAUGAAAAGAUCACAGCAGUGUGUCAACCUGUCUCUCACAACUGUCUCACCUUCUCACACACUCUGUGGCACUGCAGUGUCAAGCAAAUGUUGCUCCAACAUUUCAGUUCUUUGGGAGUAUUUUGAAUGAUCUUGUCAUCUACUGUGGCCCACUGAUGUGUUAUGAAGGUUUAUUUCAAGCGUUGGUCUACACAGGCAGUAUUUGUUAGGAGGAUCGAAUCAUUAUUGAUUUUGGUCAUUAGAUCUGUUGGGAAAAUUAGAGAAUAUUUCCAGCCUUACCCCCUUAGUAAGUAAUGAAAUACAUACAGUAUUUUUACUAUACCAGUAUGUGAUCCUGUGUAUAUACUGUACAUGUGAGGCUUUUUGUUCUGAGGAAUAAGUAAAAGCUGCGUGUCGGAGAUGGAAAAAAAAAUAAUAAUAAUGUGUGUAUUGUACAUGAGCGUGAGUGGGCAUUUUAGGUGUUGAAUGCCAAAAAGGUUGGUCACAAUUGUCAUGUCAAACAACCACGCCAGAACAUUACAGGAAGACAGCCAAUUCAUGUUCAAUCCAGCUUUUUUUAAGCUAAAACUGAAACUAAAAAGCUACAUGAAAACAUGAGUCUUAUUUUUAGAUAAUUAAAAUUGAGAGAAAAAGGGUAAAAUAUGCAAAUACAAAAAAAAAAUUGGGGGGGGGGAUCUAGUCACUCUUGUUUUGGCGUGAAAUCUUAUUUUGACAACUUCUGUCUCUUUUUCCUUUCAGUAACUUCUAACAAAGCCCAAGUUGCUUUCCUUCAGUUGUACCAUUGUGAGUUAAACAAUCAAUGAAAAGAUAUUAUUUCACAGCUGGACUGCAGUGUGUUCAUGAGGUGGCAACUUGAAAAUAUUUUCCCUUUUAAAUUUCCCUUUUAUUUCUGAAUUUUAAAUGUGCUUUAAAAGAAAGCCAAUACAUGAUAAUACACAGGAAUACUCUUGUUUGACAGAAUAAUUCCAACGUUUGCUUAAUUGUCAUGGAGACAGAUAUUUUGACAUACAUAAAAUUUGCUAAAACAACAUGGACAAUAAGUCCUAAAAGACAAGUUCUGUGGAUGAAAUUACAGCUACAGAGCAUACCAUCAAUCUCUAUGACAACAGAGCAAACUCCAUCCGCUCAUGGAGACCGUGUGAUGGUUGAAUGUCUCCGCAAAAGGCACGAAGAGGACCUUGAGCUGAGCUCUGUCAAACUAUUUCGAGGUCAGUUCAAAACACUGAAGCAUAAGGAUAGGCGAAUAAUAAGCAGCUCAAUCAUGAUGAUCUCAAAAAUGUAUUCUAACAUUGAAGCAAAAUAAAGUAAAAAAUGGUUUAUGGCCUUAUCUCCAACAUUAAUCUUGUUUAUAUACCUACCUGCUGCACAUUGUUGUUCAUUUGAAGUUGAUAGAUGCCUGUUGUUUGGAAAAGUGUGUUACUAUGUUAUGGUGGUUAUCUGUAUAAAGUAAGCAUUGUGUUUAUUUGUCUCCAUUGUUUUGCUAAAGUGGAAACUCCAAAUACACGUCAUGCGUUUUUCAAUCAUGAAGCACCAAGUGAAAUUGUUUUGCCUGUAUCUGUAUACUUUGUGUUGCAUUCUGUAUUUUGUCACGUUUUUAAAACCGAGGUCAACGUAUUUGUGCCAAAUGGGUCACUUUUCCAGCCUGUGUAAGAACAAAGUAGUGGUACUCUUUAUGCUGCUAUAUAUUUAAAAGAAAAGAAAAAUAAUUAGCAAACCCUUUAAAUCAUUUCUCCUCACUGUUAAUGCAAAAUUGACAAGCGUCCGCUCCAUUGUGGUGUUCAUACCUCAGACCUUGGUUGACACAGUAUCUACACGUUAGGGCUUUUAAAAUAUCCUAGGUCAUCACCAUGCUUCAACAACUGAGCGAACUGCCCACACUGUAUGAUGAUUCCUUGUUGUCAUUAUAUGAUGGACUUCAAAAGGCAUUGCGUGGAUCACUUUUUUAAAAGUCUUGGCAUUGCUGUUUGUGUUGUUCCUAUCUUUUUAUCCUUUUGAACUGAGCUUUUCUGUCUGUUUGCUGUGUUUCCAGUAUUCUGUCAGUUUAUUUGUUAUAACAGCUAAGUGUCAGAUGAAAAUUAAAAUCUGCCACAACAA